AUGUGGGGGCGCUUCCUGGCCCCCGAGGCCGGCGGCCGCGACAGCCCGGGCGGAGCCCGCAGCUUCCCGGCGGGCCCAGAUUAUUCUUCAUCAGCAUGGCUACCUGGUAGUGAAUCGUUGUGGCAGGCCACAACUGUUCCAUCCAGCCAUCGAAAUAAUCACAUCAGGAGACAUAGUAUAGCUUCUGACAGUGGUGACACUGGCAUCGGAACCUCCUGUUCUGACAGCGUGGAAGAUCACUCAACUUCAAGCGGCACAUUAACUUUUAAGUCUAGUCGAUCAUUGGUUACUCUUCCUACUGCCCAUGUCAUGCCGUCUCACUCCAGCGCUUCCGUUUCCAAACACAGGGAGUCCUUGACAUCGGAUGGCUCCAAAUGGACUGCAAGCCUCCUGCAAACACUGGGAAGCCACGGUAAGGGGGAGCAGGACCCUUCACUAGACAUGAAGGACUUCCGGCCCCUCCGGAAAUGGUCAUCUUUAUCCAAGCUCACUGCCCCGGAUAGCUGCAGUCAGGCAGCUGCUGCUCACACCGAAGAGUCGAGGAGCGGCCUGGAAAAGCCAGGGAGGGGCAAGGCUUCACCAUCACAACUCAGGACCGUUGGGCCCAGCUGCUUACACGAUAGCAUGGAGAUGCUUAAGCUAGAGGACAAGGAAAUAAACAAAAAACGGUCAUCAACUCUGGACUGUAAAUACAAAUUUGAGAGCUGUAGCAAAGAGGAUUUUAGAGCUGCUUCUUCCACUCUUAGGAGACAGGCCUUGGACAUGACAUACAGUGCCUUACCUGAAAGCAAGCCCAAUGUGACAAGUCCAGAGGCUUUUGAACCUCCGAAAUACUUAAUGCUUGGCCAGCAGGCAGUAGGUGGAGUUCCCAUUCAGCCCUCUGUGAGGACACAGAUGUGGCUGACCGAGCAGCUGCGGACAAACCCCUUGGAAGGCAGAAGCACGGAAGACUCUUACAGUUUAGCUCCGUGGCAACAGCAGCAGCUUGAAGAGUUUCCACAAGAAAGUGAAAUACCGAUGCAGGUUUUGGCUGGAUCAUCUCGUCAAAGUUAUUCACCUUCUGGCUAUCAGGAUUUCACAAAGUGGGAAUCAGUGUUGAAAAUAAAGGAAGGAUUACUGAGGCAGAAAGAAAUUGUAAUUGAUCGGCAGAAGCAACAAAUUACUCACCUACACGAGCGGAUAAGGGAUAAUGAAUUACGGGCACAACAUGCCAUGUUAGGACACUAUGUAAAUUGUGGGGAUUCUUAUUUGUCUAGUUUGCAGCCACAAUAUGAGAGCACUUCAUCCCAGAAUCCAUUUUCAGAUCCAUCAGUGUCCAAUUCCCAGCAAGAGGAACUUGAGCAAAAGCUUGCAUCUACUGAAAAAGAGGUUUUACAACUUAAUCAGUUUCUCAAACAAAGACUAAGCCAAUUUAGUGAAGAGAAGAAGAAAUUAGAGGAAAAGCUUAAAACUAGAGAUAGAUACAUCAAUAGCCUGAAAAAGAAAUGCCAGAAGGAAUCUGAACAAAACAAAGAAAAGCAGAGGAGAAUUGAGACCUUGGAAAAGUAUCUGGCUGAUCUCCCAACUCUAGAUGAUGUCCAGAGCCAGAGUCUACAGCUGCAGGUUCUAGAAGAAAAAAACAAGAAUUUGCAAGAGACUUUGAUAGAUAUGGAAAAAAAGCUUGAAGAGAUGAAAAAACAGUGCCAAGACAAAGAGGUGCAGAUAAUAUGCCAGAAAAAGAAAGAAAAGGAGUUAGUAACUACGGUUCAAAAUUUGCAGCAAAAGGUGGAAAGAUGCCUUGAAGAUGGAAUUCGCCUUCCUAUAUUAGAUGCAAAACAGCUUCAGGAUGAAAACGAUAACCUGAGAGAACAAAAUGAGAAUGCUAGUAAGAUAAUAGACCACCAACAAGAUGAGAUUGACAGAAUGACAUUAGAAAUUCAGUCUAUGCAAGGGAAACUUUCUGAAGAAAAGCUGACCACUAAGAAGCUGAUGGAAGAGCUGGAAAAGAAAGAAAGAAACCUGCAGAGAUUAACGAAAACAGUGCUUGAUAACGAAGGACACACAGAAGAGACAUGCUCUGUGUUAGAUCAGGGCCCGGAAGCAGACCAGCCCAGGCUUCCCAAACGACCCCUCUUUGAUUUGAGUGUGAUUGACCAGCUGUUCAAGGAAAUGUCCUACUGUCUGUUCGACUUGAAGGCAUUGUGCAGCAUUCUUAACCAGCGUGCUCAGGGCAAGGAGCCAAACCUUUCAUUGUUACUGGGAAUCAGAUCGCUGAACUGUUCAGCUGAAGAGACUGAGCAUGACCACAGCCCAGAAACACUCACCAAAAAGCUGUCCGAUGUAUGCCAGUUACGGAGGGACAUUGAUGAACUAAGGACUACCAUAUCAGACCGCUAUGCUCAGGACAUGGGAGACAACUGCAUUACUCAGUGA